CACACACACACACACACACACACACCUGCCUCACUGGAGGAGCUGUUCGGUGGGAGCCGCUGGCCCGUUGUUCCACCUAGGACCAGAUCUCCAGAACAGAUCCAUCUUCUAUAGGCUCUACACUUCUGUCUUAAGAUGAAUCGAAUUACUCCAGUUUACUAUUUUGUACAUCUUGGUUAAUAUUAGGAAUCACACAACGGCUCAACGCUGGGUUGAAACGUGGAGAAUGGAAGCACGCAACGAUGCGCAGUCGUGGAAUCAACUCGAAGAUCAGACCGAAAUAUAAAGUUUGGUCCGCCGGUGGAUUAGUUGAAAUCAGGGACCUUUGCUCACCUUUCGUCGACGUGAUCGGACGCCUCAACAUAUUCCACAAAGGUGAUGCUCUGGCUUGUGGCCUUUCUGCUCACACUAGCAGAGGACGUGUUUUCGCAAGGGAAGAAGGAGACACCUGCAGAGCUCCACAUCUACAGAAAACUCAGUUGGUCCGCUGGCCACAACGCCCUGGUGGAGGAGCUGACGGCAGACAUGAACAACGGGGCCAAUGACCCAUGGCCGGCUCUGGAUCGCCCUCUGCUGGACAGAGAGGAAAGCAGCAGGUGGCGACGGUCACCACUUGCAGAACCUACCUCCCCGAGCACUUCCCGGCGGAAAACAAACCGCAAGAAGCACGUGGUCUUCCGAGACUGCCGCAUUGAGAAGAAGCAGAUCCGCGUGCGGGACCUAGGCCUGGGCUUCGACUCGGACGAGAUCGUACUGUUCAAGUACUGCGUCGGCACGUGCCAGGGUGCACGGGGCAACUACGACCUGGCCCUCAAGGCCAUGAUAGAGAACGGCAGCAUGUCCCAUAGGAAGGUCAGCACCCAGCCCUGCUGCCGCCCCACCCGCUACGAAACCGUGUCUUUCAUGGAUGCUCAGACUAUUUGGCAGACCAUCCGGAGGCUCUCAGCAGCCAAUUGCAGCUGUGUGGGUUGAGGAGUCGGGGGAGCAUGUCUGCAUAACACACCAGUUAGCUCACUCUGCCCACAAGAGAUGCAGUGGAUGAAGCAGACUUGCCUGCCCGAGGCCAGCAGCACCCGUCCAAGCAGCGGAACAACCGGGGUCUGGGUACGGUCUAGUGUUUCAGAGGUUGAUACCCAGUUUGUAGUUGCCAGGAGCAUAAACCAUAAAUGUGAGACAGCAAAGCAUAUUACCAGUAGGUAAAAAUCUGUCUUGACUAAAAGCAAAGUGUGAAAGUUUGACGUCCGCAGCACCUCAUGAAGUCAUUGAAUGGCUAUGAGUGUUAUGACCCUCUUCUGUAAAGCGGGGCUUUGUUUGAAAACAAACUUGAGAGGCUGAUUUCAAUGUUGAAUAGUUGGUCAAGGACUACAUUUUCUGUAGGCCAUUUUACUCAUGAAAGAAGCCACAAAGUAUACAAAUUACAAGAAAAGCUUUUCCUCAAACCACAAAAAUGUACUUUUGUGAUCGUGAUUUUGACUUUGGUUCAAGGAAAGCAAUAACUCAACUGUUCAUGGCCCAUAUAAUACAUGCAUUUGACCAGGGUGAUAUAUACAGAUAUUGGGAUAUAGAUAUAUCCACCUACUAACUAGUCGAAUUCAUGUGUGUGUGUGUGUAUAUAUAUAUAUAUUAUUUUCCUUUAAGGAAUCACAUUGUUACUACAUCUGAAAUAACUAAGUGGGUGACUAACUACACUUGUUCUAUUAUUCAUUAACUAUUUUUCAUUGAG